AUGGAAACAGCAGUACGAAAAGCAACUAGAUUGGAUUAUAAUCCACCAAAACAAAAACAUUUAUCAACUUUAGUAUCUUUGACUUUUCAUAACCCUGCUAUUAUUGGUGAAAUGUUGGAUUUGUUAGAAAGACGACAUAGAGAAAACUCUUGGAUUAUGUCGUUUAAAGUGCUUGUGAUCAUGCACGUGCUUAUGAGGCAAGGCAAUGGUGACCGUACAAUCUCAUAUAUAGAAGGCCAUCCUGCUUGCUUGGAUACAACAAGGCUACGGGAGAAGUCAUCAGGGGUAAUCCAUAUUCAAAAUAUUUAUUUGUAUACAGCUUAUUUACAACAAAAGGUCGCAGUAUAUCGUGAACUUCAUGUGGAUUAUAUCAAAACUACAAUGGCGAACGGUGUUGGCAGACUUCGUCGUUUAUCUAUAAGUGAUGGUUUAUUAAAGGAAACUAUGAUACUACAGAAACAAGUCAGUGCUUUAUUGAAAUGCAAGUUUAUCCUUGAUGAUGUGGACAAUACUAUUAGUUUGUACGCUUUUCGAUUGGUAGUGGAAGAUUUACUGGUACUAUUUCAAGCUGUCAAUGAAGGCGUAGUUAACAUCUUGGAACACUAUUUUGCCAUGUCAAAGUCAGAUGCCAAGAUAUCUUUGGAAAUCUAUAAAAGGUUCGCAAGACAGACUGAAGAAAUCAUUCAAUUCCUGGAUCGUGCACGUCAAUUUCAACAUGAAAUGCAUAUCGCCAUUCCUGCUGCAAAACAUCCUCCCCUAUCCCUUGCUGCUGCUUUGGAAGAAUAUCUGAAUGAUUUAAAUGAACAACCAUCGCCACAACAACAAAAAACGAAUACUGCAAAUGCCACAGUAGCGCCAUCACAACGACGCCCAGAAGCAGAACAACCAAAGGAACUACUGGAUUUCUUUUCAAGUCUAGAAAACGAUAAUUUUAUGUCUCCAGCACCAACUCCUCAGCCUAGUUUACACAAUCCAUUUAGAAAUACUAUGGUACCCAGCUCUUCAAUUCAGCUGGUUCCCUUCCAACAAUCAAACUUUCAACAACAGACUAGCGCAUCUAUUGGCAAUACUAAUUAUUUGACACCUACCUCUAACCUUCUAUCCAAUCCAUAUAUGCAACAGCAGCAGCAGCAGCAACAACAACAACAACAACCACCUUUGUUUCAAGCAUCUCAAUUGACUGGAACGCCUGGUGGUAUGAAUCCUUUUGCCCUUUCUGUAUCAUCAUCAUCAUCACUACCACAACAGCAACAGCAUCAGCAACAACAACAACAACCUUGGGGGUCAUCUGUAUUCUAA